AUGGAUGUUCCUGAAAUUUGUCGGAUUUGCUCUGCUCGUGCGGAUGGGACACAUUUUCAAGUUAUAUCUUGCCGGUAUCAUUUAAAUAUUUCGACAAUCUACGCAAAAUUGUUAUUUAUCAAUUAUUGGAAAAAAAAAUUGAGGUUCAUUGUAGGUUUUUUAGUCGGGAAACUACUUGAGAACUAUGAAAAGUUGAAAAAAAUUACGACUUUGCUGUUUCGACGAACCAAUGUAACUCAAUAUAGAUUCCCGUCGUUUUUAUUCAUUCAUCAGAAUAAAGGAAAGCUUUCUUAGCAUCAGCAAGGCAUGCUCCCAUGAAUGGAAAAUAGAGUCGAGUUUUAGCGCAUGUGCAGCUUUUUUCCGAAGGACGAUCUCGCUGAGACUGACGUAUCAGUGCCGCAGUAAUGAAGGGUGCCUAAUUGAAAAACGUUCGAUCUUUUUCUUUUUUUCUUUCUGAGCUCAAUUUUUCAGAACAAAGAAAUAUGUGCCGAGCGUGCCGCUUCGCCAAAUGUAUACAGUACGGCAUGAGAGACCUAGGUUUCCAUUAUACAUCCGAAUCUCUAAUUGAAACUUCUUUUAGAUGUACAGUUGUUGCGAGACCCUAUAGGAAAAAAGAAAAACGGUUUUCAGAGUACUGAGGUGAGCUUUUUCUGUUUUAAAUUUUCUGCAGCUACAGCUAGGUCAUCAAGAAUGUAUUAAAAUAUUUUCUGCAAAAAAUUUAUUGCGAAGUCAUUCAUGGUUUAAAAUUUAUCGAUUAGAAAACCUUUUGAAAAUUUAUUGAGUAAAGAAAAAAUCAUUUUGUCCAUUUCAUUAGACUAUAUAUAUCAUAAAUUUCAUUCAAAAGUCAAGCUUUUUCAAGACAAAGCAAUCAAAAUUUCCCACCAGUCCGCAUCCUUCUCCUACAACUUCCAAUGUUGUGAGUUUUGAUUAGUUUCCGGUUUCAAAGUUGCUUUAGAUAGUCACAAAUCCAUCGUUCCAAACAUUGAGCGAUCGAGUCUGCGGCGGCUUCACUCUUUCGAAAAUGGUUGAAGGUUAGAGUUUCAAUAAUACAAAACGUAUCGAAAUGGUUUCAGGCUAUACUCACUUUCUGUUGAUCCGUAAAGCAACUCACACUUUACUCGAGAACGACAAAAACAUUAAAAUAUUCAAACGGGAUCCUGAGGUAUUUUCCUUAGAUACACAGUUAAAAAAAGUACGACUUCGAAACUCUAGAACCUUCAUUUUUCCAAUUUUGACGCGUCAAAAAAAGUGUGUCAACUUGAAGCCCACUUGAUAACGGACAUCGUGAACACUUAUUUUCCUCCCUUCAACAAUCUUUGUUACGAAGACAAGGUAAUCUUUGAGUGGUUUUGAUUUCGAAAAACCGUAAAACUUUAGAUAACCCUGUUCAAAAAUUUUUUCUGCUUCUUCUCUCACACAGACAGAGCUUACCAAUCUUACAAAAAGUUUGGUAAUGACAAGAGUAAGAUUCCUCUUUAGUUUUUGGAAGAAUAUUUUUUUUCAAUUCGAGGCAACGACAAGAUGUUGAUGCCAGACGGAGGAUACAUAAAGAGAUCCGAGCUCGGGAAGUUCUACGAAAAUGCGAAAGGUGUACAUGGAAGCCCCGAGGAUGCCGCGAGGUCGGAUAAUUGAAAUUUCGAAAUAAGGAUUCUACGAGUGAAUUCAGAGAACGAAACCUGUUCUUUUCUAAUGACUAUGUUUUGAAGUUGUAGUAAAUAUGCAAAAUUGAUCAACAGCAGAACCCAGUCAGUUAUUACACUUCAUUUCGAAUUUGUGUACCCAAUUUUUCCCCAAGAUUUUUGAUUUUUUGGUUAUCAAAGCUUGCGAAAGAGUCUAGUUCUUGAAAUUGCGUAAUUUCUCAAAUCUUAUUUUCCAGGGUAUUUUCGCCUGUUCUCGAUUACAUUCUAAAUGUUAUUAUCGACCACAUGAGGCGGAUUGAAAUGCACGAAACGGAAUAUGUGGCUCUACUUGGAUUCUGUCUCUGGGAUAAUUGUAAAAAUUGAGUUCUGAUAAAAAAAAGAAAUUUAAUUUACAGCUGUGAGUGGAAUAACCGAAGCCGCCAAAGAAGUCGUGUACAAAACACAGAAGACCAUUAUUGCUGAUCUGCAAUUGUUUUAUGAGAGUAGGGUCAGUUGAAAUUGGAAAAAUGUCCUUAUAAACAGUGAUAAUUUGGAAAAUUUGCAGGACAUCCAAAAAGACGACAUUCCUAAUCGCAUUGGACAGUUGAUGUUACUGAUUCCCAGGCUAACAGUAAGUUUUUUUCAAAAAAAUAUUGUAUAAAUAUAUAUUGAUGAGUUGAUACGAAACAAAAACCGAAUCGACAUCGUCGAGCAAAUUUUACGCUAAUCGAUAUAUAUUUAUAAAGUGAAGCUUCCUUCAUAGAGCAUAAAACAAAAAAUAAAUCAUGAUUAAUACUGUCGGCUUGAUAAGAAUUAUUCUCAGACUUUUUUUCAGAAAUGCGUGAUUAUGCUGCAAGAGAGCUCAGUGGUGGCUGAAUUGUUCAACUUAUACGAGCCCGAUGUUUGCUGCAAAAACUCAAAAUCAGAAGGCGUCACGAGCGACUGCAGCUCUUCGCAGAACUCAGAAAUUGACGUCGUUGCGGAUUGA